AAAGAGAAUUUCCCAUAAAAUUUUCGGAUUAGGCUGGCUAUUUGCCCUCCCUUUGACGCCGCAACAAAAACCUAUACUUGUAUAUCCCCGUACCAUGUCCGACCUCGUACGUACUUAGCGGCGGUCUUUUGACAUACGGAGUAGUUUUUUUUGCCGCCUUUCAAACCACCGAGACCUCACCGUCUCUUCUACUCUUUUUCUCUCUCCUCAAAUUUCACUGCCUCUGCUCCUCUCUUCAAAUCCUUCUUCCUCAAUUUUCUCUCCUCCUUUCAGCCACCAAUCAUGGCGUCGGCCAAGGACGCUCAAGCAGUGAAAACUCUCAACACUACUCCUGGCCACCGCAACCGCCGCUUUGUGUACAAAUCUGUUACUCAAAGAAUCGAAGAGAUAGAAAUCGAUGUUUUUUGGAAUCUCCAUACCUUGAAGGCUGAGCCAUCUUCUAGCUCUUAUUUCUUAGACUGCCUAAUAUAUUGGAGGGAGCUAAAUACAGCUGAGGAUUUUAUUUCAUUAUAUGAAGAGUUGAUGCCACUUGUACAAACCUUGCCUUUGGUUCUGUUACACAAGGAUAUGAUAAUCUCAAGACUGCUGUCUACGUUGCAAAUGAAAGCGCGGCUUUCGUUAGAGGCUAUUCUCAGGUUGAUCGCGGAGUUAUCAAGAGAUAUACUGGAAGACUUUAUACCCUUUUUUCCGAAGAUUAGUGAGUCUUAUUUGGCUCUUCUAAGAGAUGGUGCUGACCAGGAACCAGAAAUUAUUAAGCAGAUAUUUACCUCAUGGUCAUAUAUAAUGGUGAAUCUAAAAAAGUAUCUCAUCCAAGAUGUUGUUCAUGUUCUCAAGGUAUCAGUCAAACUAAGAUAUUACCCCAAAGAAUUUGUCCAGGAGUUUAUGGCUCAAGCAAUCUCAUAUUUGCUGAGACAAUCAUCUGACGGACAACUUGAAAAAGGUGUUAAGAAGAUUCUAUUUGAAGCUGCAAAAAAACCAUCUCAGGCCAAAAAAUCCGGAGUUAGUGCUUUGUUGUGGUAUACUAUGAGAGGACCAUCGUCUAAGUUUCAUUCAAAAGCUUGUCGGGUGCUACAAUUAUUAACAAAGCAUGACUUCUUAAGUAUAGGUGACAAGUUUGAUCAAGGGUCUGACACUGUUGUUGAAAUUGUGAUUACUGCUAUUGAAAGAUGUAUGGAGUUAAAUCUUGCUGAGCUGAACCUGAUAUGGGAUUGCUUGUAUGAAGCUAUUGGUAAUUCUGUAUCUGGGGGAUAUUCACAACAUUUAUCCCGUCUGUUAUCAGUUCUUAUAUCAACUAUUUCUUUUGAUCAUGGUCGGAAUAUUAGUGAUUACGAUCAAAUGUUGAAUCUAGUGGGAUUGCUCAAGGGGGAAUUUAUUCUACCAUAUAUCAGUGGUGAAACGGAGGAGCUGGUAUCUGAGGCUGCUGAUAAGACAUUUCAGCUUAUGUUGUGUGUUCUCGAUGGCAUUCACAGUAACAACAAUUUGACUGCUAUCCCUGAAAUUGCCUUGCAGUGGGCUUCUGUUUUUCAAUUAAGGAGCUCAAGUUUGCUGACAUUCUUGAAAGUGUUGGUCUUGAAGGACUAUGCUAUACUUGCAUUCCGAAGUAAUAUUUUAAGUGGUUGGUUGAAUGUGCUGGAUAUUGCGAAGGGAGAAGCUCUAGAUCUGAUGCUGGCAUUUUGCGAAAGGUUUCAAGUUAAAACAGGAUCUUUCCAUGUACUGGAAGGGAUAUUAGAGGAGGUGGUUCUAAAGCUCAGUUGUUUCUUUCAAAAGACAAUCUGCCACUGGAUUGAAGUGUUAAGUAGCUUAACUCAGGGGGAUAUGAUAGUUGAUCAAGUAGAUGAGGACAAUUUGGCUUUACUUUGGGGAACCAUAUGUUGCAUCCCUUAUCUCUUACCUGUUGAGGGGAAUGUGCAUCUGAUGGGCUUGGUGGAUGUGGUUGAUCAGCUAUUGAUAGCUGAAGCAGAUGUUGUUACUGGAGUUCCCAAAAGAACUUGGCAGGGUCUAAUUGGUGCUGCUUUACAUAGUUAUCACAACACAGGAAGACCUGAAAGAUGUGAACUUGAAGAUAUCAGUAAGAUUUUGCGUCUUGGAAAAAGUUAUAAAUCAUCCCAACAAAUACUGUCUGCUGUUGCAGAUUAUUUGGAUUCGAGUUGCGGGUCUAGUAACCACAGUGGUGUGAUAAGACCUCCAAAGCUUGAAACAGAAGAAGUGAUAGACGCUAUGAAUGCAUUUUCAGAGAACUUGUACAAUCCUAACAAGGAGCUUCGUGUUUCGACCCUUAGAAUAUUGUGUCAUUAUGAACUCUUGAGUCAUGAAUCGCAGCAGAUGGAUACAGGAGUUUCUGAAGAAAAGCACGCCGACACCCAGUGUUACAAUGUGUUUAACCUGCUUCUAUCCAUUGAGCAAACACCCAUCUCUGUUGCCACAAGUAGAAAGGUCACUUUGCUAGUUUCUAGAAUACAGGCUUCACUGUCUGCUCCAGGAACAACUGAAGUCUAUGUACUACCUGCUUUUUAUGGCAUCAUCGGGCUUCUGUAUAACCAGUAUUCAGAUUUAUCAAACUCAGCUAUAGAGUGUCUUUCUGUUAUGAUCAGCAAAUAUCCCGGGAUUCUUUGGAAUAGGUUUAUCAGUUUUUUUGAGCAAUGCCAGACCAGCUCCUUAAAGACUCAUGGUUUAGAUAUCUCAAACAUCGAAUCAUGUAGCGAGACAACUGAUUUGGUGGAACAUUUCCGCUCGUAUUGUGGGACAGUAUCCGGUGACAGUUCAGGAUCAUCGAUAUUGUCUCUGCUACUCCAAGCUUUAGAGAGGAUUCCAACUGUUACCGAGUCUCAUUCUCGUCAAAUAGUUCCGUUAUUCUUCAGAUUUCUGGGUUACGGAGAUGAAAUCCCUUGUUUGGAAUCAUUUAAUUCUCAGGCUUGUGGGGGAAAGGAUUGGAAACUCAUACUCACGGAGUGGCUAAACCUAUUAAAAUUGAUGAAGAAUUCCCGAUCAUUUUACCGCAGUCAACUUCUGAAAGAAGUUUUGGUGAAUAGGUUGCUUGACAACAAUGAUGUUGAGAUACAAACAAGGGUUUUGGAUUGUCUCUUGAAUUGGAAGGAUAGCUUCUUGCUCCCUUAUGAGAAGCAAUUGAAUAAUCUUGUCAAUUCAAAAUGUUUGAGAGAAGAACUUGCUACCUGGAGUUUAUCUGUGGAGUCUAAUUUGGUAGAAGAAGAGCAUAGAGCUGAACUUGUUCCUCUGGUUAUUCGGUUGCUUAUGCCGAAAGUAAGAAGCCUAAGGACCCUGGCCUCAAGAAAGCAUGCAAGUGUGAACAACCGAAAGGCAGUGCUGGGAUUCAUUGCUCAACUUGGUGUUUCUGAGCUUGUUCUUUUCUUUCAAUUAUUGAUGAAGUCUUUGCAAAUAACUGAUCUUGGUAAUGAUGGAGUAGGAAGUUAUGCUUGGGUUUCUGGGAAAAGCAAUUUGGAUGAGUUGGAUUUGUCAAGUUGGUCGAAUCUUUUCACCAUGGAGAGGAUAUUGGCCAUACCCUUGAAAAAGAGAUAUGGGUUUUUACAUGUGGUUGAAGAAAUUUUCAGAAUAUUUGAUGCUUCACGUGUCAGCCCGUUUCUUGACCUUCUGUUGUUUUGUGUUGUCCGUGUAUUGGAAAGCUGUGCUUCAAGUAUUCCCUCUACAAAUAAUAAGCAAUCUGCUCAACCUGAAGAUUUUUCUGAAAUUACCUUGCCAGAAGGUGGAAAGGAAGCUGUGAGCCAUGUAGGGGUAAUACUAACAAUGGCCAGCUUGGCGGUCAAGCAAUUCAAAGAUAUGAGAUCGUUGUGCUUGAAGAUCAUUUCUUUUGUUCUUAAUAAGUACGAGGACCAUGAUUUUGGCCCCAUAUUUUGGGAUAUAUUCUUCAAGGCAGUGAAACCUUUAGUACACGGAUUCAAACAGGGGGGCUCAAGUAGCGAGAAGCCCAGUUCUUUGUUCUUUUGCUUUCUUGCAAUGAGCCAGAGUCCGAAACUAGUACCCCUCUUAUGCAGAGAAAAGAACCUGAUUCCAGAUAUCUUUUUUAUUUUAUCUGUUCCAACAGCUUCGGAAGCCAUAGUUUAUAGUGUUCUCAAGUUUAUCGAGAACCUUUUAACUCUUGAAGUUGAGCUUGGGAUAGAUUGUUACAUUAUUGAGGAGGUUGUAUGUUCAAACCUUGAGGGUCUUGUUGACAGCCUGCAUCAUCUAUUUCACAAUUUCACUGAAAGAAGAAGGAAGUUGCACAAACAUCCCGGGGAAACUGUGCUGAGAGUUCUGAAAUUGUUAUCAAAGUUCAUAAAGGAUCAAUCAGCGGCGAGAAAAUUUGUGGAUAUCUUGCUUUUACUUGCGUCAGAUGGAAUAAAAAAUGCUGAUGUAUGCAUGGAAGCUUUGCAGAUCCUUAGAGAUAUAGUUUCAGCCUUACCGAGUGAAACUAACACUAGAAUCUUGAAGGCCAUAUCUCCCAUCCUUAUUUCUGCUCAAAGAGAUGUGCGCUUGUCAGUUUGUGACCUUUUUGUGGCUCUAGCUGAGAAUGAUUCAUCCAUGUGCUCUAUGGUAAAACUAAUUUGUGAAUUAAAUGCCACUUCUGAGAAGGAAAUGGGUGAACUUGAUUUUGAUAUUAUCAUCAACGCUUAUGACAGAAUAACUGCAGAUUACUUCUUUGGUGUUAGUGAGGAUCAAGCGUUAGUGAUAUUAUCCCAUUGUAUUUAUGACAUCAAAUCUGAUGAGAUAGUCUUAAGACAAUGUGCAUAUAAGUCGCUGCUCUCAUUUGUUGAAUUCUCCGCUUUGAGAAUUGGGGACGGAUUAGAGAAGCAGGAAAUUCCUGCACAAAUGAUGGCAGUUCAUGGUAGUUAUUGGACUGGUAAUCGCAUUCAGCUUGUUGUAAAUAAAUUCAUGUUGAAGCACAUGGGAGAUGCCAUUAGCAAAGGAACAAUGCAAAAGGAGUGGAUUGACUUGUUGCAUGAGAUGGUCCUAAAGCUUUCAGGAAUCCCAAGUCUUGGAAGUUUGAAGGUCCUCUGCAGUGAAGAUGCUGAAGUUGACUUCUUCAAUAACAUUGUUCAUUUACAGAAACACAGGAGAGUCAGGGCAUUGUCACGCUUUAGGAAUAUUGUUGCCACUGGGCAGCUUUCUGAGUUCAUGCUGAAGAGAGUGUUCAUCCCCCUCUUUUUCAGUAUGUUGUAUGAUUUGCAAGCAGGCAAGGGAGAACAUAUAAGAUGUGCUUGCCUGGAUGCCGUUGCUUCUAUAUCUGGUCAGUUAGGAUGGAAAUCAUACUACGCUUUACUAAUGAGGUGUUUUAGGGAUAUGGAAAAGAAGCAUGAUAGGGAGAAGGUCCUGUUACGCCUCGUUUGUUCUAUUCUUGACCAGUUCCAUUUUUCUGAGACCUUUUCCUCACAAGACCUGGGGUUUCCUGGCAAUGAUGUAACUGAGAAUGAUCCCAAAGACAUAUCUAAAUUAGUUAUGCAACCAAAAUGUGCUAGUUCUUCUGUGUUUUCUGUGAUACAGGCCUGUCUUAGUGGUACCGUGCUUCCAAAAUUGCAAAAACUGCUUGUUUCUGAUCCAGAGAAAGUGAACGUUAGUAUUAGUGUUGCGAUACUAAAAGUUUUAAAGAAACUUCCUGGUGACACCUUGGAUUCUCAGCUUUCCAGUAUUAUUCAUCGGAUAUCAAACUUCUUAAAAAAUCGUCUGCAGAGCAUCCGUGAUGAAGCAAGAUGUGCUUUGGUUGCAUGUUUGAAGGAACUUGGAUAUGUGUACCUUAAACUUGUAGUCAAGGUCUUGAGUGCCACAUUGAAACGUGGAUUUGAGCUUCAUGUUCUGGGAUAUACCGUCAACUUUAUCUUGUCGAAAGGUCUUGCAGAAUCCGCAGGAGGCGUGCUAGACUUUUGUUUGGAUGAACUCCUUCGUGUGGUAGAUAAUGAUGUUUUUGGUGAUGUAGCUGAGCAAAAAGAAGUGGAAAAGGUUGCCUUCAAAAUGAAAGAGACUAGAAAACAAAUGUCUUUUGAUACACUUAAGUUGAUUGCUCAAAAUGUGACUUUCAAAACCCAUGGUUUGAAGCUGCUCUCUCCAGUAACAGCUCAUAUGCAGAAGCAUUUGACACCUAAAGUAAAAUUAAAAUUGGAGACUAUGUUAACUCAUAUUGCUGAGGGAUUUGAAAAAAACUCCUCCGUUGAUCAAACUGAUCUCUUUAUCUUCAUAUUUGGCCUAAUUGAUGAUUGGCUUUGUGAAGAAAAACGUAAAAAAGAAGCUUUAUUAGUGGAGGGGUCGGGAAAAGACAAAUCUAUCGAUGCAAACAGUAAAGUGGUUAUGAAAUGUUACGUUGGAACUGUACCACAGUGCUCAUAUCUUUUUACAGUUUUUGGUCUUCGACUUCUUCACAAUCGUUUGAAAAAUAUUAAGCUUCACAAGGGAAAUGAUCAACUGCUCUCGUUAAUGGACCCCUUUAUAGAGCUUCUGACAUCUUGUCUGAGGUCUAAGUAUGAAGAGAUAGUAGCUGGUGCCCUUAAGUGUAUAUUUCCGUUGACAAGAUUGCCUCUUCCGUCCCUGGAAUCUCAAGCUGACAAGAUAAAAGUGAUACUAUUGGACAUUGCUCAAAGUACAUUUAGUGUAAAUAGUCCUGUAAUGCAGUCCUGUUUGAAAUUAUUGACCACCCUGCUGCAGAGCACCAAUAUUACCCUUUCUGCUGAUCAAUUGCAUAUUUUGAUCCAGUUUCCUCUUUUUGUUGAUCUUGAAAGAAACCCCUCUUUUGUUGCCUUGACACUUUUGAAGGCAAUUGUGCGACGCAAGCUUGUUGUCCAUGAAAUAUAUGAUCUAGUUAAUCAAGUUGCAGAACUAAUGGUAACCAGUCAAGAGGAUGCCAUUCGCAAAAAAUGCAGUCAGAUAUUGUUACAAUUCCUGCUCAACUAUCAACUUUCUCAGAAACGCAGACAGCAGCAUCUUGAUUUCCUCGUUGCUCAUCUAAGGUAUGAACAUGCCACUGGUAGGGCAGCUGUGCUGGAAAUGCUAAAGACAAUUAUCAAGAGGUUUCCUGAGAGCAUAAUUUGUGAGCAGUCGGAGACGUUCUUUCUCCAUUUAGUGCUUGCUUUGGCAAAUGAUCAUGAUAAUCAAGUUUGCUCCUUGAUAGGCAUUGUUAUAAAACAUCUUAUUGGUCGCAUAAACUCACAACCACUUGAGUCCAUCCUGAAUAUCUGCCUUGCUUGGUAUGUGGGAGAGAAAGAACAGCUGCGGAGCCCAGCAGCACAGGUCCUUGGAUUUGUUGUUGAAGUGAUGAAGAGAGGAUUUCAGAAGCACAUUAAUGAUAUACUUCCUGUAAUGAAAAUGAUCGUGCAGUCUACCAUUGAUGUCUUGAAUGAUGGACAACUAAAUAUUUCGGACCCGGAGACAAUUCCCUUUUGGAAGGAUGCUUAUUACUCUUUUGUUUUGUUGGAAAAAAUUCUUACUCAGAUUCCCGACUUAUUCUUUGUGGAGGACAUCGAAGAUAUAUGGCAGGCGGUCUCUGAGCUCCUUGUGCAUCCCCACCCGUGGAUUUGUAACAUAUCCGGCCGUCUUGUGGCAUUAUACUUUGAGCAGAUGGUAAAGCAAAAAAAGACAAUAGGAACGACUUGCCUAACAAGCACAAGUAGGAUGUUCCUGAUAGCUUCCUCUCUAUGCUAUCGAUUAAAGGUUCAACUCCCUGAUAAAGGUGUAAGAAGACUUGUUAAGUGCAAUCUUGCAUUUACAAUAUGCGGGAUACAAUCAUUAUUGCGUCAAUUGAAAUUCAAGGAUCCUUGUGCGGUUUGGGACUCCCUUGACCCGUGCGAGCAAGGAUGCUUCCUUAAAGCUUGUCAGUUGCUUGAUCCAAAAAGCGGAAGGAGUAUUACAGAGUUGUUUACUUGUGGUGGAUUCAAUGACGAAAAAAUUGAUCAGAAAAAUAAUGAUGCUAGUUAUUUGCUUGUGUCUGGGAUACUUAGCACAAUGGGAAAAACUGCCCUUCAAACAGAGGAUUCUCAGACAAAGAUGAUUCUUGGCAGUCUUAGAAUGGUUGCUGAGAAGAUCACCCAGGAAGAUUGCCAGCAGUAUGCCUAUCUGUUGCUGUUCCCAAUUUACAAACUUUGCGAGGGGUUUGCUGGAAAAGUAGUUUCAGAUGAUGUGAAGCAACGUGCAGAAAAGGUUCGUGAAAAGAUACAGGAAAAACUCGGUACUCAAAGUUUUGUACAAAGUUACAACCAGAUGAGGUAUGAUCUUGGAGAAAAAAGGUUCAAGAGGAAGCAAGAGGAGAAGGUGUUGGCUGUAACUAAUCCUAUCAGAAAUGCCAAGAGAAAAAUGAAAAUUUCUGCCAAACAUCAAGCCCAUAAGAAGAGGAAAAUGAUGACUAUCAAGAUGAGUAGAUGGAUGCGCCAUUAAUUUAUUUAUAGGAAUUGUAACUGCUUGUACAUAUAGAUUUAUAGGUUGUUGUGAUAUCUUGAAUCAGGGAGAUACAAUGUGUAAACCUGAGCCAAAUUUUGUUAGAAUUCUAGGAUAUUCAAAGAUCAAACUCUUAUUUUCACCAUUGAAUUGGCGAACUUAUGAUUGGUGAACUCUUUCUUCCUA